AUGAAAAGGAACCCACGGGAAAGUGCUGCCACUUCUCCUGCUAGCCAUCAUGAUUCAUGUUGGAGCAAAUGUGGUGGUGGUGAUGGUUCACAAAGUUCAGAUCAAGAACUUGCUUUGUCGAGAGCUGUCGAUGCUAUGGCCCUUAGCACCCUUAGCAUGGACAAGGAUUUAGAGUCUUCCCAAUCUAAGAAAGAAAGCAUCGUGUAA